UCAAGGCGACCCGUGAGCAGCGUUGCCUUUUCCGCCCCUUCUGGGUCGACAUGCCAAUCGCUGGCGGCGAAAGAGGCGGGCCCGGCGCGUGAUAGGCUGCAGUGGGCGCGCGGCGCGAAGGCUUUCCUCGAGGAUGGGCGGCGGGUGAAGGAGGGGAGGACGGCGAUGGCGGGAGGGCCGUUGCUCUGGGCGUCCCUGGCGCUCCUAUUGCUGGGCGGCUCAGGUGGAGAGGUGAUGCCACUUAAAGAAAACAUCGUAUAUAGAAACAAUUCCCCAAAGCAGUUUUGUUACACAAAUGACUUGAUACCAAAAUGGCAUGAUAUAUGGACAAGGAUUCAGAUUCGAGUAAAAAGCGACAAGAUGAUUCGGGUCAUCCAAGUCGAAAAUGAGGAGAAGCUGAAAGAACUGGAGGGGUUCAACAUGUGGAAUUACAUUGGUUCUUUUUUCAAAGAGAAGCUCAAUGAUACUUACAUUGCUGUAGGCCUCUACAGUAGUAAAACCUGCCUGAAAGUUGAGCCCGUCGAAUUACCCUCAAAUUACAAUGUCAUUGUUGCUCGUACAUUUGAUCCCAAGCUCUUCAUGGUUACAUUUGUGGGCCUUCUGCUGUACUUUUGUAGUGACUUGAUGAGCAGGAGCUCAUGGUUCUAUUAUUCAGCUGGCACAAGCAUCGGGGUGCUAGGUUCACUGCUCAUUGUCAUCUAUGUAGUGUCCAGAUUGGUGCCUAAGAAAAGUCCCAUCUACCUCAUGUUUGUGGGAGGCUGGUCUUUUUCCGUUUACCUCAUCCAGUUGGUUUUCAGAAACCUGCAAGAGAUCUGCAGAUCAUACUGGGAAUAUCUGCUGGGUUACCUGGUGAUUGUGGGGUGCAUCAGCUUUGCUGUGUGUUACAAAUAUGGCCCUUUGGAGAAUGAACGCAGCAUCAAUCUCCUCACUUGGGGCCUGCAACUUCUCGGCUUGCUGCUCCUCUACUUAAGCAUUCAGAUACCUCAGAUCUCCAUUGGUUUAAUCAUCAUUGCAGUCUGCACUAAAAACUUGGAAUACCCUGUCAUCUGGGCUUAUGCCAUCUACAGCAGGAAGAUGUUCCCAGCCACAGCAAAGCCCAGCCCACCACGCCUGCUCACUGAGGAGGAGUACCGAAUACAGGGGGAAAUAGAGACACGCAAAGCCCUGGAGGAGUUGCGGGAGUACUGCAGCAGCCCCGAGUUCUCUGCAUGGAAAGCAGUCUCCCGCAUUCAGUCUCCAAAGAGAUUUGCUGACUUUGUAGAGGGUGCUUCACAUGUCAUCCCCAAUGAGAUCUCGGUCCAUGAGCAGGAAUAUGGGCUGGGAGGAUCCUUUCUAGAGAACCAAUUGUUUGAAGAGGAAGGUGAGGAAAGAGAUUACAGCUUUGACGAUGAGGACUUCUUGGAUGCCUCAUGGCCCCAGAACUACCAGAAUUUUCCAGAUAGGGAUGGCUAAUAUUCAUACCAGCAGAGUGAUUGGUAUCCUUGUUGGCCUGCAGCUUUGCUGUCCUUUGGAAUACGUCUUUGUAAAGCCUGUUCUGUAUGGCAGGCCCAUCUGAAGCAAGGGACGAUCUGGAAACCAUGGCAGUGGGUAGUGUGUGCCAUUAAAGUCUGGUCAUCUGUCUCUGACAGUGAAUCAAAUGUGAAUUGAAUUGCAAUCUGGAUAUGUCAGAGUGCUGAGCAAUUGCAAAUCAGCCAGAUGGUUUAGCUGCAAGCUGUGCAUAAGGGUCAGAGAAAUGCAUUUAAGGUGGGUUGUUAGAAUCUGCUGAAAGCCUGCUACUGAUGAACUUUUUUGUCUUGGUAAAAACAAGGGCUUUAAAAAUGCCAGUGUCUAAUGUCAGUUCAGCUUGACAGAAGUAUUGUAAGUUGCAUUUCUCCUUUGUCCCUUGAAAGUGCACAGUACUGUCCUCUUAAGGCCACGUGUGUGACAUUUUUGCCCAGUCUAUUCCCCUGUACUUGUUCAUUGGGCAAAACUUGUUUAAACUAUCAGGCUUGAUCUCUCCACAGAUCUGCAUUGAUCAGGAAAUGACCCACACUGCAGAUCAGUCAAGAUUUAUUAUUAUUUUUGCUUGCAAGGAAGAUCUAAGUGCAAUGGUAUUUUGUACUUUUUCCUGUUUUGGAUUUUUUAGAGUUGCCUUUCAGUGGAAAAUGGAAGUUGAUGUUUGUUUCAGGAAGUGUGUUGAGAUCUUUGGAAACAGACAAGUAUCUAGGUCUCUUUCUCCCAUUGAACAAAUUAUUUGUUUUCUCAUGAAAAGGGAAUUCAAUCAACUUGUAGGCCUCCUAAAUAAAUCCCUCAGGGUUUCUGAAGUGUACCUUUAUUUGCACCCUGCUUGCUUAUUCAAAAUGUUGUGUUACAUGCUAAACCUGCCAGUACACAGGUAUACUUCAUAUACACUUUUUAUCACUGCCCUUGUACUUCUGCACUUCCCCUUAUGGGACAGUAGUACAUCAAUGAAGAUGUGGCAGAAGUAAAUGUGCAACAAAUGUUUACAUCAUAACUCUCCAGAACCACUGUUUGAUGUCGGGCAAGACUGAUUGACUAAUACUAGUCUUUUAGUGGGAUUUAACAUGUGACCUGUUGCUUUCAAGGACCUGCCUGUGUUCUUGUGUGGUUUGCAGCUCUGAUAUUUUAAUGCUGGUCUGCUGCCCAACUACUAAACCUCUGCUCAAAUGAGUUAUAUAGGGAUCUAUUAUGUUGCUAGCAGUGUUUUAUAGUAGAGUUGAGCAAAGAGGUCCUAAAAAACAGUUUUGACUAAGUCUAUUGCAUUCUCCCACUGCCACUUUUACAUCAAAGGUUAUUGCUGAAAUCAGGAUUCCUGACAAUACAGAGUUUAAAAAGAGUAUGUCUUCACUGCCACAUUUUCAGAUGCGGUCUCAAUAGAGACAUACAGUGAAGGCGUCCCAUUUUCAAAGUUGCUCAUCUUUUCCUACACUGGGCUGAAUCAGAUCGUAACAGAAUGGGGAAUUGUGUGGGCUUCUGAAGUCCAUUAAGAAACAUUUUACAGCCAAGUUGUGCCUUAAUUUCUUGCUUAACACUUGAUAAAGGCAAGCAAAUAUAAAAAGAGGGAAAACGUGUAGCUACCAACAAUCUUGUCUGUUCUAGCUAUUCAUUUUCACUUUUCUAGCUUGUCAUUUGAGUGUCCUUGCAAAGUGAUUACACAUGUAAUUGGUGAAACCUUCGACUUGGAGGCCAGAAUCCAAUUUAGUCCUUAAGCUGGAUAGUACCUCUUUCUUUGGUCUCAGUGGUCUCCCCUCCUCUAGCAGUUCCAAAUAUCCCUAGAAACCUGCUGAUUAUGAUUUCCCAUUCUCCCAGUCCUUCCAUGGAAGUAGAGUGCAUGUGCUCACUGCAGAAUGAUCCAGCUUAAAGUACACUGUUGGAGGGCAUAAACCAUGUAUAUUGCCCUACUGAAGAUAGAUGUGGAUGUAUUUUUUAUGAAUGGAAUGAAAAGUUACCACAAACACAGGGCUGCUGCUGAAAAUGGCCAUCCUCUGUGAAUGUGCACAGCCUAUCCAGGGCCCUCAAAUCUUUCCCACUACACCCAAAGAGCAGGGAAAGGAAGCACACAGCAUAUUGUUGAGAUAUGAAUAAGUUGUCCUAGAGGUGUUGCUACAAAACUGACAGAAGGGCAAUAGGACUGCUGAUUUUGUAAUACCACCUUGCAAGUAGUUUUGUUCAUUUUCUUUUCUUUUGUAUUAUUUUAGGGUUCAGCAGUAAAGCAAAUCACUUUUAUUGUGCGUUUUUUAUUAAAGAACCACAGAUGUUUUAUCUAACAGCAAAGUCCCUGACUUAGUAUGUUUUUUAACUAAGUAUGUUCAGUCACAAAAUUAGCAGAUUUGACCCACACUUCAUGUAAUCUGCAUAUGUAAAAUGUCACUGGUCUCUUCCACAUUUGAAACAAAUGUGAAGCACUGAAUUCCAGGACUCUGUUUAGCUGCAGCUCAUUCUGUGAAAAGGCCAGUUACUUGAUCUAUGCAAUGUAUCUUAAGGAAUAGAAGCCAUGGAUGCUUUUAUGGUGGUGGUGGUUGGGAAUAUCUCCUAACAGUGAUGAAACUACUUGCAGCUGUAAUGUUUAUGUGUUACUUGUUUCUUUCAAUUUAAUUUGUUAUAGAAGAUAAAGCUAGUAUUUUUUUAAAUUGUACAAAUGACAAUAAAUAUAUUGAGAUAUCACUCCAAUGCUUUUUA